ACGACCGUUCGAUCCGUCAUCUUGGUGGCGUUUCUUAGUAAUUUUAUGCCCAAAACGUCUCGGUUAUCCGUCAAGUCGAUCUUAGCGUCCCUCGUCACCGAUCGUUGCAGGUGAUCGGUAGAAAAGAAAAAUCCCGAACGCAUAGAACGCCUGCUUUAAUUUCGAAGAAAGGAUGACCCCGCUCGUAGACGUCACCGAGACGGAUUUGGACAAGAUGCUAAGAGACACUUUUACCAAUGACUUUCGUACCGGAUACAUUACCGCCAAGGGAUACUGUUUGCCGGAAUACUAUAAGACGUUCUCGGAGUCCAUCGAGCACAUGGAGGUCAGGGACGACGACGUCUGGGUCUGCAGCUUCCCGAAAACCGGCACGACCUGGACCCAGGAAAUGGUGUGGUGCAUCGCGAACGACCUGGACUUCGAGGCAGCGAGAAGAGUCCUUUACGAGAGGUUCCCCUUUCUCGAACUCUCGUCAUUGUUCGACUACACGAGGAUAAUUCCAAGGACUCCGGGACUGCACCUUCGAGAGCACGUCUUGGAUAGCGUAAAAUACGUGGAGGACCUUCCGAGUCCUCGGUUCGUGAAGACUCAUCUACCUUUCGAGCUUCUACCUCGGCAGAUCAGGACCGGGGAGAAGAGACCGAAGAUCAUCUACGUCGCCAGGAACGCCAAGGACACCUGUAUCUCGUACUUCCAUCACUGCAAGCUCCUCGAGGGUUACAGGGGUACUUUCGAGGACUUUUGCGCGCUCUUCCUGGGGAAGAAACUAUGCUACGCUCCGUUUUUCGACCACCUGCUAGGAUUCUGGAAGAGGCGAGACGAUCGAAACUCGCUAUUUCUGAAGUACGAGGAUAUGAAAUCGGACCUGCCAGGGGUGAUCGGAAAAACGGCCGAAUUUCUGGGGAAGAAUUUGACGCAGGAUCAAGCGAAGGUCCUGGCGGAUCACCUCAGCUUCGCCAGCAUGAAGGCCAACCCCUCGGUAAAUUACCAGGAGGUCGUCGAGGUGAACAAAAAAUUUAAACUGAUCGAAACCGAGGGCCAAUUUAUGAGGAGCGGGAAGGUCGACCAAUGGAAGGAAACCAUGACCUCGGACGCGAUAGAUCGAUUCGACGAGUGGACCAGCCAGAAUCUACGAGGCACGGACUUUCGGUUUUGAAAAUCCCAGAAAUUCUCCGCA